CAAAGCGUUGCCUGUCACAGGCAAUCAUACGAUCGUUAAGAGUCUUUUAAAAAUUGUAAGUAAUAGGUAAAGAAAAAAAUUCAAAUUUCAGUCAUGGUGCAAGUUUCGCGUUCUAUCAAAUUCAUCGCCAUUUGCGUGGGCGUCUAUGCCACCUAUGUCCUCUUCGUAUUCUUCCUUUUGCCCAUUCUGAUGCCGGACCCAGUGACCAUGCAGAGAUCAGUAGUAGCCUACAAGACGCGCCACCUGGGCGACCUAAGCAACUUCACCCUGGAAGCAGGCGGUCAGCCGAUCCGCUCCAUGCUGGUCACGUUCCGGGGAUCGGGUGCCCUGACUCUCCUGGACAAUUUGGCCCACCAGCCGGGUUGCUACCAGCACUUUGCUCCGCUGAUCGCCUACGAGAGCCGCUCAAAUGUGGAGCAGGUGCACGGCCGGGCUUUGGAUGAGCUUGUGGCGCUGUACCACUGCAAUUACAACCAGUCCACAGAGAUGCUCCACUGGGGGAUGCGCUCGGCGGUCUUCCGCCGCUUUUACGGCGUUCAGGCGAAAACCUGCCUUACCUACAGCCCGCAGACCUGCUGGGAUCCGCAGACGAUGGCCGCCAUCUGCAAGCUCCAUCCGUUCAUCAACAUGGCCGUGUACAACAUGCGGCUACAGACUCUGGCCUCGCUCUUGGAUCGCGAAGGUCUUAAUCUUCGAAUCCUGCUGAUUGUUCGCGAUCCCCGGAGCACUAUGUAUUCCCGAAUUAAUAACAAUUGGUGUACAACAGCAAAGGAUUGCGAAGUGCAAACCCUUUGCGACGAUAUGAUCAGCGAUCAUCGGUUGGUUGAGACGCUCACAAAAGCUUAUCCGCAGCGCUUUAGCGUUUUACGUUAUGAGGAUUUGCUCUUGCAGCCCGAAGAAAGUACCAAGCUUGUAUUCAAUUUCUAUGGACUGCCAUUCAGGACGCCGAAAAUCAGGACUCGGGGAGCUCAUCCGCGGAGUGGUCAAAUCAUGGACCCCUUCGACUGGGACUUUCGUUGGAAGUAUACCAAUCAGCCCGCCCACGAGUGGAUGAGUAAAAUGAAGGUGGAUGACAUAAAGGCGGUUCAGGUGCUAUGUAGCGAGGCCAUGGACUUAUGGGGCUAUCACUUGAUCCAGGACUUUGAGCACUUUUCACCGGAAUCAUUCGAACCGAUCAUGGGCAAGGCUUAAGCUUAAGACUUUGUGGGCAGUUAUGAUGGAAAUAAAUACAUAAGCAGUGUGAUAGGGUGGCUUUCACGAGAGUAUUAAGAUCAAAAUCCUUUCUUUGCCAUCAACACUGGUGUGCUAAGACACCAUCACCAAAAUCUUUAUGUUCUGUCCAAAAAUAA